AUGGCGCGAGUUGUGGUCAAAGCAGUGGAGCAUGAGGGAACAACGCCGAGCCAUUUCAAGGGUGUGAUGGCAAAUGGGAGAAUCAUCCUGAUCUGGGUGGCGGUGGUGGUGGGACGAUUGCCCUCACAACUCCUCAGCCCAUUGUGCUGCUUGUUUUGGGUGGUGUGGCCUGCAACGAGAGGCGCUUGGUCCAUGAGAUAUCCAAAAGGUAUGGCCGUGAGGUGGUCAUUGUGGAAACCUCGCUGUCGCGUCCUGAGGUGUGUUUGUCCAGGGAAUUGGCACUUUACGGCAGUAGGACUUACGGCGAGACACGCAAAGGAAUGCAUCGAGGGCCAAAGAGUGGGACAGAUGCAACCACACACGAUUGCGGGUGUCUGUGGGGAUUGUGUGCGCUUCUUCCUGCAUUCCGUUUCUCUCCAUGAAGCGUUUCAUACGAUGCGUGUGUGUGUUUUAACGGCUGCGCUGCUUGCAUUUUACCUUUGUUUCUUGCGUGUGCGGUUGCGGGCCAUUUCCAUGCAACUAAGAGGGCGGUUGAAAAAGGAAGGACAUUUGUGGAGCAUGCACCCACGGCUUCAGUGUUCAUCCACUGGUGCUGGCCUUUUUUUGCCAGGGCAUUUGUGCACGCUUUCCCCUCCAUUGUCUAUUUUUUUGCACAGGAAUCAACAGGUGGGCAUUCGUGAGUGCUGCGGCGAGCUGUUGUUGCCCUCGCCGGGACGCGCGCAACGGCGUCAGCUCCAUGACUUUGGGCUAAAAGGAAUGGGAAUUUCUCCGGAUCCUCACCGCAGGCGCAUGCCGUGGACGGCCGAAAAGGAGUGUGUGCCCGGUGUUGUUCAUAGCUCCAAGGAAAAGAUGGUGUUGGAUGGCGCACAACGAGUGGGUGUGGAAUGUGUCGACCGUGCAUCGCAGGUGUAUCCGCUGGAGGCAUUGCGGGCGGCCGCGGCCACAUGCGAGUACAAUACAUUUAGAGGAAAGAACAUUUUUAAUUGUUCUCUCAGGUGGAAUCCAAUGUAA